CUAAAGAGCAAAGCAGAGCAAUGCAAAGGUGCUGUGGAGUUCCUCUGAGAGCUUGUGUGGUUGGCCAUUGUCCUUCACUUCCCCGUCCCACCUCGCGCUUUCGCCUUCCUCUGUUUUCCUCCCUCUCUUUUCCCUCGUCUUCUUCUUCUUCUUCUUAUGGUGAUGAUCGUGUUGCUCUUGCUCUUCCCAUUACACCACUCAAAAGAGUAAUAAGCCUUCCACCAAAACCUCACCCUUACAUCGCCCUUCUUUCUCUCCUCUUCGUCCUCUCCAUGGCUUUUGGGGCGCUUCUCUCCCUUGCUCUACUUUCGAUUCCAACCAUUAAGGCAUUUAGAAAUUUGGCAGCUUCAAUGGAGCAACUUUCUAAAGUAGUGUCGCAAGAAGUACCCGGGACCUUGACUUCUCUCAGACUUUCCGGGCUGGAGAUCAACCAACUCACCCAACAACUUGCCACUCUCAGGCAGAAGAUCUCUUCUAGUCCCCUCUCGAAGAAACAUAGAAGCAGCAAGUCCUCCUCUUUUAGUAACAAGGAUGAACUACCCUAG